AUGGGUUCGCCAAUAUCCAGCCUGGUUGCAGAACUAGUCCUGAAGGAGCUGGAAAAAGUCGCCUACGACCACUACGAACCUGCAUUUUGGCGCCGGUACGUGGAUGACACGUUCGUUUUACUUGAAAGGCACAGACUGGCCGGCUUUCAAGACCUGCUUAAGGACGUCUUCCCGGACAUUCAGUUCACAAGGGAAGAAGAGCAUGCCGAACAGCUGCCUUUCCUUGACGUUCUCGUCACACGCACACCCAACGGCGAACUCAACACCACGGUGUACAGAAAGGCGACUUACAUGACUCAGAUUCUCAACUACCACAGUAACCAUCCAAUGGCGGAUAAACGCAGCUGUGUUAGGACACUAUUCCAAAACGUAAAAACGCACUGCAGUGAGCCACAGGAACGAGUACAAGAAAUACGGCAUCCUCGGACCAAAUGGCAAGGAAUAGAUGCUCGAACAGCUUCGUCAUCCGCUGCCUUUGCACGCACUUACGGCGAGCAAACGGAGGAGAGCCGCCAAAACUCUGGAACUCUCUACCAUAUACAAAGACCGGGUCCGAAGCGAUGA